GUUCGUCAUGGAGGAUAAAGACAUCGAGCUUUCUCUGGCCAGUAACCCCACGCGUUUGAGUGACUGGCUGGUUCUCUUUCGCAUGUUCAGGACGACGGUGAAUCUACGUGGCGGUACGAACGUGGAAACCAGCUUUGAGACGGUUGAUCCAUCCGAGCUGCUCAGAGAUGUCAGCGAUUUCCAUUGUACGGUUGGAAGUAAUCAAUCAGCGAACGCCGAGAAUGAGUGCUGGGCAAGGCGUCUGGCAAGUCCAGGAAGAGGAAAGUUUCUGUCGCUUCAGAUAUGGGGAGAAGAUGGGCAGGACGGCGCAGAAUGCCGCGAAUUUAUCACUUUACCCAAAGACCGAAAUUUCCUGGACGACGUUAUGCUUCUGUAUCAAGUUUUAGGGAAGAUGUAUUCCGAUGGUGGAAGGAUGGUCAAAACUGUGCAGCCCUCCUUCGUUGUGCAUGCCAGCGCGCCUCAAGGUGGCCACUCAUCUCAGAUACUCUCUCUCGCUCCCUUAACGACGCCAUCCAACGUUCAGUGCCCCGAUACAGCAGUCAUCCUAUUCCAGCAGGCUACGGAGCUGCUCGAACACCUCGGAAAUCACGAUUGCGAUGACCCGUCGGCAGUAUCGAUCCUGUUGAAUGAGGUGAUCGCUCUCAACCAGGAAGCGCUCGCAUUAUUUCCCGAAGAUCAUCCCAGCCGUGCCGAGGCACUUGCAAACCUUGCUUUGGCCUUCCAAAAGCAAUAUGACCGAAAUCGCGAUGCAGACACUUUAGCACGCUCGAUUGAACUACACCGCCGAGCUUUGUCCUUACGGCCUCGUGGGCAUCCUCAACGCUCCGUACCGCUCUCUCGUCUCGCAGUCGGGCUGAUCAAACGAUAUGAUCGCGACGGCACCGCGGAUGACUUGACGGAAGCUAUUGACCUUCGUCGAGAAGUCCUAUCGCUGCAUCCCGAGGGUCGCCAGGGGCGUGCUGGAUGUCUCAACAGCCUGGCCAACGCGCUCUCCACUCACUACGCCCAUUCUGGCCUCAAAGACGCUCUUCUCGAGGUCAUCGCUCUGAAUCGCGAGGCCCUUGCGCUACAAGGCGAAGGGAACCCCGAUCGAGAACUCUCUCUCAAUAAUCUCGCCAACGCGCUCUCCACGCUCUACGAGCGCUACGGAAACGCCGACGCCUUAUUAGAAUCGAUAUCUCUCCACCGCGCUCAUGUAAAGCUGUGUCACGAGGGACAUCCAGACCGUGCUUUGGUAUUGAGCAACCUCGCGGACACCCUGUGCACGUAUUAUGGGCAGUACGGCGACACGGCAUCUUUGGCCGAAGCCAUUGAUAUGUGUCGCGAAUCAUUGGCGUUACGGCAUGAACCAGGCCCAGAUCGCGGAAUGUCACUCAGCAAUCUUGCGAGCGCCCUCAGGGAGCACUACGAGUACUACGGGGACACGGACAGCCUCACGGAGGCUAUCGCUCUACAUCGUGAGGCCGUUACAUUGUUCAGUGGGGAGCGUGUUCCAAAUCGCUACCAAGCCCUUCAUAAUCUCACGAACGCACUCUCUGCCUACCACGAACGCUACAGAGAUCCGACGACUUUUGCAGAGAUCGUCGAUCUUCGUCGCGAAAUUCUUUCCUUCCAUCCCGAAGGUCACCCUGAACGUGAUAGGCCACUGAGCACUCUCGCAAGCACGCUCAAAGAGCGCCAUCAGCAUUACGGCGACUCCGACAGUCUGAUGGAAGCGAUCAAGUUGGAUCGCCAGGCAGUGGCCCUUUGCCCCACCGGACAUCCCUACCGCGCCAUGCAUCUGAACAACCUGGCCAAUGCACUGGCUUCUGAUUUCGAUAGCUCGGAUGACAUCGAGAAUCUCAACGAGGCAAUCAUGCUUUAUCGCGAGGCGAUAUCCGUAUAUUUACAGCGAUUCGAGCGCAUGCUACCUUUGGGCGGAGCCGGAACGAAUGCGAGCGUCGAGCUCCUCCAUAGUUUGCUCGAUGCAUACGAUCAAACUAUCAAGCUUAUGCCUCAUAUCGCCCUCGUGGGCCUGGACCCUGUUCAACGUCUUUCUUCACUAGAGGGCGCCCAAUGGAUCGCAGUGAACGCCGCUGUGCGUGCUUUGCACAUUGACCAAGUGCCUCGUGCCAUCGAAUUGUUGGAGCAAGGCCGUGCCGUGUUCUGGUCACAAGCACUUCGAUUGCGGACCCAAUUCGAUGAGCUACCUUCGGGCAUGUCCAGAAAGCUGAUGGAUUUGGCCAAAGUGCUCGAAGACGGACCGGAUCACUGCACACCGUCCUCUGACCAAGGUCCCAACGUUCCCGGAUCGUCUGCAGCCGUAGGCGGGGAACGCAGGCGAAAGAGCGAAGAGUUUGAGAGGUUGAUCGAGGAGGUACGAAGAACGCCGGGAUUAGAACGCUUUCUGCUGCAUGAGCCACUCUCGUCAUUAUCGGACGCGGCGACGAACGGACCAGUCAUCCUCCUCGUCCCCGGUGCCGCCCAGUCACACGCGCUCAUCCUCAGGGCCGGUAGCCCGCCACUCCACGUACAGCUUUUGGAUAUCACCGAGAGCGUCGCGGCUGGUUACGCCGAAGCAUUGCGCCGGGAUGGGGCAGAAUAUCGCUCGAUGUAUCGCAAGCGGAAGAUGGAACUUCGUGCGAACGAUUCCGGCUCGACUGGAUUUGGCGCACUGCAGGCGAGUCCACCGAAUUGUGGAGACGAGGAUGAGGAAUGCAUCCUGCAAGAAUUGUGGAUCCGCGUUGUGCGACCCAUCAUUCGAGGUACGCAGAUUGUUGAUGGGCCCCGCCGUCCCCGAGUGACGUGGAUGCCAACCGGCCAAUUUGCGUUCCUUCCCGUUCACGCGGCCGGCAUUUACAAGGGCGAGCCUCAAUAUCUCUCGCAGUACGUCGUGUCCUCGUAUACUCCGACACUGAGUGCCCUGCACACUACCGAGUCAGAAGACACUGAACCCGACGCAUCCGAAUCGAGCUGGGAGUACAUCGAAGGCGUCUACGACGAGAUCGACGCUGUUCGGAGGGUGACAUCCACCGUCAAGACCACCGUAAUCGAACGCGAGAGGGAGGGCGCCAUGCCAACUUCGGUAAACAGUGUCAUCGAACAGCUUCCUGGAAGUACUAUCCUCCAUCUGGCAUGUCAUGGACAGCAAGAUGCGGAGGGCCCGCUGGAGAGCGCCUUCAAGCUCGGAGACGGGGACCUCACCAUCGGCAAACUGAUGAAACUGAACCUGCCGGAUGCCAUGUUUGCCUACCUCAGCGCCUGCGAGACCAGCAAGGGAGACAGUUAUCAUCCUGAUCAGGCGAUACACCUCGCCGCAGCGAUGUUGUUCACCGGAUUUCGGAGCGUGAUCGCGACGAUGUGGUGA